AUGAGCGGCGGAGCUCUUAUCAGUGGCCGCCGCAGAGCUUGCCCCUUCAUCAAAUCCAUGUGCUCCACCAUUCUGCGGCGCGGGGCCCACAACUCGCCCGAUAACGCUUUUUUGCCCUAUUCGCCAUUGCAGUCCAAAAUGCAGAGGUUGCUGAGUAAUGAGAUCCAAUACCAGUGCGAUUACGCUCCUCCUCACCAGCCUCUAACUGAGUACAAUGGGUUCUCGGUUGAAGACCGACCUGGUCAGCUGUUAAUCACGUUGAGUGGGAAAUCGACAGAGGAUGAGAGUAUAAAAAUUGAUGCGACUAUGUUUGAUGGGUUCAUGGUUGAUCGAAUUGUGGACGAAAGGGGCACUCGGGAAAAUCCGCGUUUUCAUAUUAGCAUGUUGGUCGAUGUGCGCAAAGGAGAAAGGAGUGAUGCAAUAAAAUUUGUUUGCUCGGCCUGGCCCGGUUCGUUGGAAAUUCAGAAAGUGUUUGUAUACCGACAUGACGAAUCUUCAGCUCGAUUCUACAUGGGUCCUGAUUUCAAGAAUCUGAACACGAAUCUCCAGAUUGGAUUUUACCAGUUCCUGGAUGCAAGGGGAGUAAAUGAUAAACUUACCCUGUUUUUGCACAACUACAUUGCGAACAAAGACAGGAUUGAGCUGAUACGCUGGUUAGGGAAGGAUUUAAAGGCUCUUUUGACCAUGAAGCGCGUUAACCCUGUUUACGGUCAUUUCGAAAAAUCCUUUGGCUGCAUAUGGUUCUUGUGGCAGCUGCGAAAAGAUUGA